CGUGUGCCUUGGUCCAGCCGCGCAAAUCCCGUUGCGUUCGCCAUUAAUGCAACCCAGCCCAACCGUGUGAGAAGGUGGGGAGGAAGGAAGACGACGCCAUUAGGCCCAUUACGCGCCCGGCGGCGACAGAAGACAGGGAGAGGGUGCCGGCGACGGCGGCGGCGAUGCGCGCGAACCCGCUCCUCAGAUCGGCAAUGGCGACGGCGGCCAGGGCGUUCUCCUCCUCCACCGGCCCCGUCGGCGGCGGCGUGUCCAUGGUGCAGGGCGCGUCCCGGGGCAUCGGGCUCGAGUUCGUGAGGCAGCUGCUGCGGCGGAGCAACCAUGGCCGCGUCGUCGCGACGUGCCGCGCCCCGGAGUCGGCGGCCGAGCUCCAGGAGCUGAGGCGGGAGCACGCGCGGCGCCUCACCGUGCUGCCGCUCGACGUCACCGACGAGACCACCAUACAGGCUGCCGCGGCCUCAAUUGGGGAGACCCACGGAUCUCUUGAACUGCUGAUCAAUGCCGCCGGCAUCCUUUCGAUCCCAGAUGUUAUACAUCCAGAGACCUCACUGAGCAAAGUUGAGAAGUCAUCCCUGCUACUGGCAUAUGAAGUGAAUGCUGUCGGUCCUAUUCUAGUGAUCAAGCACAUGCGUCCAUUCCUGAAGAUCGGUGCCAGUUCGGAAACAGGGAGAGGUUUCUCGUUGGUUGCAAAUAUGAGCGCCAGGGUUGGCUCGAUAGGAGACAAUGGUCUGGGAGGCUGGCAUUCGUACAGAGCUUCCAAAACAGCACUGAACCAAUUGACAAAGACUGCAUCGGUUGAGUUGGGCAAGAAGGACAACAUUGCCUGCAUUUUGCUGCACCCGGGAACAGUUGACACUGACCUCUCACGGCCAUUCCAAAGAAAUGUAGCCAAGGAUAAGCUCUUCACUAGAGAGUUCUCUGUACAGAAGCUCCUGUCCAUUAUGGACAAUGCCAAGAAGAGCGACAACGGGAAAUUCUUCGCUUGGGAUGGUCAAGAAAUCCCUUGGUGACUACGAUGUCUGAUAUGAGAAGCACGUGAACUAGUCGAUGGUGAAUUGUACACCAAAGAAGAGUAGUCUCUUCCCUGCUCCAAAAACGAAAAAGAAGAAGAAAAGUGUGGUAUGUGAGUUCUGCAGACUACUGCAAGUAACAUAGGACAUACACAGUUAAUGUCAUCUGCACAAUGAUCAGAUCAUGUUUUUCGUAUAGGAGAUCCCUGAAUAUUUUGUUUGAUCCUACAUGAAUUAUCUAGUACUACCAUUUUUUGGUAUCCUUUCCUUGAUGAA